AUGGAACGCUUUGAAAAUUGGCUAAAUCAAAAUCAAGGAUUAAGCCCACGAACGGAUAAAAGUCAUGACCGCGAUCAGCAUGUAGACAGUGGCAGUAUCGAUACUAGCGAUAAAGAAAAUGUUUGCCCCGAAUGCUCUCAUUCUAGUCCCCAACAUUCUCCGCAAUGUUCUCAUAAUCAAAGCAACCCUCAUCCUACUAGACAACCUAAACCUGGACAAAAAUCAGACAUUACUAAUGACCCCAAAAAAACGGCCGAACUUAAUCGUCUGAAAAAACUAAUACAAACUAGUCGCGAUUUAUCAACUCUAGAAACCACCUAUCAAAAUAUAAAAGUUAAUCCUCUCUACCAAGGAAAAAAUCGCGACGAUAACAAAAAAGAACUUGAUGAUUUAUAUCAACUACAAAAAGAACUUUUGCGGUCUCAACAAAACUUAACUAAUGAUCCUAACUCUUUAAAUAAAGGAGAACUUGAUUGGCAAAAAGACCAAAAGAAAAGGGAUGAAGAAAAUAAAAAGAAACUUGACGAACAUAAAGAAAAUUUAAAAAAAGAUGAUAAAGAAUUUGAUGAGAAAAAUAAGAAAAAAUAUAUUGCUGAUAUUGAAAUGGACCUCAUAAAGAAAAAUGUCUCGGGAGAACAGUUAAGUCAAAAAUUAGGG